GUCUUAUCAUGUAGUCAUACUCCAUACAAGAAAAUAUUCUGAUUUCAAAUUUCACAUAUACAAUGCCUAUAUAUGAUUUCAUUAGAGGAUUAUUAGGACUUCCGACCAGAGAAAAGAAUAAUGAAAAUUGGUUUAAGAAACCUGCCAUUGGAGAUAAUGAUGACGAUGAUGAUGAUGAUGAAACCAUUAUCUUUGAUGAAAAUAGACAUGGAGGUCCUUUUGGUUUCAAUGUCUUCUCUGGAAAUAUGAAUGAUAUGCAUAGAUAUUUUCAGCAACAAAUGAAUGAUAUGGUUAAAAAUUUUGAAAGCCCUUGGUUUAAUAGCCCAGACAGAGGUAACUUUUUUGGGAUGAUAGACAAUGGCGAUUCUGGUACAAAUCCUGAAACAAAAGUAGCUGAAAGUCCAAGGAACAAAUUUUUGAAACCACCUCAAGAACAACAGAAAAAUGAUUCAUGGACUCAGAGUGAAAAUAAUUCACAAGCUGUUCAGAUACCUGAUGAUAGGAAUCAUGGUUUUGGCAGUUUCUUUUCUAGUGAUCCGUUAGAAUUUCACAAAUUUUUCGAACAGCAAAUUGAUGAUAUCAUGAAGAGAUUUUCUUUUUCAACGUUUUUUAAUUUUGAUGAAGGUGAUACUUUUGGUUUCCCUGAAGAAAACCCUGGAAGGGUUGAGGAAUUUGUUCAUCCAAGAAAUAAGUUCUUCAAGCCAUCUUACGAACAUCCUCAAGGUUUUAAACCAGAUUCUGACAUUGAUAAUGAGUCCUACGCUCCAAAAGUAUUUGGAAAACUGUUAGACAAAGAACCUGUCCAAUCUCCUGCUAGUCCAUUUAUUUCAAGGAGUAUGGUGACUUCCCAUCAAAGGAAAAUUCUUCCUAAUGGGGGUAUUGAAGAAAGGCGAAAGUCAAUUAAAGAUGGAAAAGAAGAAGUAACAGUGUCUCGUAAGAUCGGUGACCGUAAGCAUAUAGUUACUACUAUUAAAAUGCCAGAUGGAUCGACAACUAAAAAUGAAGAAUUUGUCAAUUUCGAUGAAGGUCAGUUAGGAGAUUUUUACAAGACAUGGAACAAAAUGUAGAACACAUAACAUAAAACUUACAUUGUACGUGCUCAAAAUAAUUAUUCCUUCUGAAACAUUGAAAUUAUAUAUAAUGUUAAUACUGUCUUUAAGUCUGAAGAUUUUAGUAAUAGUCAGCUUAUACUUUUAGAUUGUAGUAGAAUAAGUUUUCUUUGUAAUAGCAGCUUAAAUACCAGGAAUUUUGUUUGAAUUGUAUAUUUGUAAAAGUG